CGCUCUCGCCGACUGGCGCGUCACGGCACGGCGAACGAAAAAACGCGCGCAAGCAACAAAAUGGAGCACGAACGUCGCGUCGUUAUCGGUGCAGCCAUGAGUAACUGCCGUUGCGAUAAUUGUGGAGUCGGUAUCAAUAACGAGGCUUAAAUUUGAAAUUACAGUAACGCUAGCACAACCACUGAGGACCAUUGCUUGCGCGGAACUGCAGCAUCGACGUUCCAGCCGAAUGGCGCCGCGGCGCAAGCGGCUCUUGUCGUCGCCGGACAGCGGCGGCAGCAGCGACGAAUCGUUGACCGAGUCGGACGUUACGUGCCCGGUGUGCCUGAGCAUGGUGGUGGAACCCGUGACAAUGCCAUGCUCGCACGAAGUGUGCAAUUCGUGCUUCGCGAGUACCGUGCUCAUGGCAAACAAGGAGUGUCCCAUGUGUCGGAUGCGCAUCGCUUCGUGGGCGCGGAAAGCGGCCCGCGAGGGCACCCUGGUCAAUCGAACACGCUGGGAGCUCAUCAAGAGUCGCUUUCCGCAGCAGGUCGCGAGGAGACUCAGCGGAGAUGACAGUCGAGCAGGAACCCCACUGCGGAUAGUGCCGCGAUCGCUGUGUGAGCCAGGUGAGAUCCGACGCGAGUACGAGCAACAGCGGCAGCAGGCCGAGGCAGAAUGGCGCCAGGAACGAGAGCUCGAGGCUCAAGCAGGCGAAGCCCUCGCUCAGCAAUUGGCGUCCGAGGAGGAACGGGCACUGGAGGAGCAGCGGCGCCAGUUGCGACGGGAUCAGCGCCUUGCCUGCCUCUGGGGUGUGUUUGGGGACACACCAUCUGUGCUCGCUGCUGUCCCACUCGUCCGGACCCUGCUUACGCCGGAGGAGGACGAUGACAAUGACAGUGCAUCCUCAUUUAUGCCUCCAGAGGACAGGCCACAGGAUGCCACAAGGGACAGUGGGCCAACGACACCCUUAUGUGGAAACCACAACAGGCUGUGCUCACGCAGUGUGCAGACGACACUGCUGGAGGUGCGGCAGCAGGAGACGCAGACCAGUGAGCACGGUGGCAACAACACAGCCUCCUAUUUGGAAGACUUGCAACUGGCACGUCGCAUCCAGCGGCAACUCAACCGGGAGAGCAGACAGAUACCCGGCCGUGUUUACAAUCUGCGCUCUCGUGUUGCAAAUUGAAAGAGCAGCAGAGCGACUGUACAUUUAUCGCAUGCGUGGCACAUGUUUGGUUGCGUUUGCUUGUAAUGUGGGCUGUGGUGCUUUGCUGCUAGUGUGCAUAAAUGCAAGCUAAUUUUGUUUAGAGGUCAUUCAGUGAGACUAGAAAGUAGCCAGUCUUUGUCAAUAUUCAAGAUGUUCCCCGAAGCGGCUGGUAUUUUGGGCCACAGAUGCUCGCCAUUUAAGCAGUUACCCACUCCAUUUGCUUUUGAGUGAUCUGUUAUCAGUAAGUGAGCUGUCCUGCCUUGGAUAUAGCCUGCUUGCCUAAAACUGGUUCCUUUGAAAGGUGUGGAUUAAGAACGUGUGUUUGGUUUUUUUGCAGUCCAAGCUCAUGCCUUUGCAGGCAACACCUGUGGUUAUUAGCCCACAGCACACACGGUGCUGUUGACUUUAUGUGCUUGCAAACUGCUAUGAACUGUAUGCUCAAGUUUCACGCAUACAUUAUAGGACUGGUGUUUACUUUUGUUCUGUUUAAUAUUAAUUCUCCUUAAUGCACUUUGUCACCCUUCAUUUUAAAGUUUUAGCUUUCUAUUGCGUCAGGAGAUAUUGAUUUUGAUAUCAACAAGAUUGGUCGAAGGCUGUGUGGUCUCUGGCAGUAGGAUGUAUUGUUAUUUAAAAGUGUAAAAGAGGAUUGCUUAAUGGAUCCUUUUGUGUCCUUGCCCACUAAAAGUAAAUUUAAUGUUGGGUUGAUAAAUCUAAUGCGGAGUACUGGGAUGCGUGCACAACUGACGCUCAUUCUGAACAACCUAAUGGCAUACAUCUAGCAGCUAAAGUAAUCAACUGAUUUUGCAUAAAUGUUCGCACUUUGGUAAUAUAUACAUUUUGUGCCUCAAGUUUUAGUGAAGAGCCAUGUGAACAUUUUAAAGUUCUUUAACAUAGGUGGAUGACAUUUUUAAAGCUUGUUCUAUAUACAGUACCUGUUUUUGAGUUGACUAAUUUCCAUACCACAGCUGUAAUUUACGCUGAAACAGGAAGUGGUUUUGCUUUGAGCACAAUGCUUAAUAUUAAUAUGACCAUUGGUAUGUGUCUUCAUGUAGACAGUACAUGUUUGUUUUGCUGCUAGUUUGUCAGCAUUUAUUUUUUGACAAAUCCGUUCUGCAGAAGCCCACAAGGCAGGGGGACGUUCACAGAACGAGUAAUUGUCAUUCGGCCAAUCGUAGCACAAAGCUACGAGGGAAACCUUUAUGAAUUUCUCAGAACGAAAAAGAGAAAUUCGUCCUGGUUUGGGGAUCGAAUCUGGGACUAACACUUGUCCAGGGCAGUCCCUCCA